CUCAUACACAAUGGAUGCUCUGCUAAUCGUCAAGGAGAUCGCAGUGUUACAGACUGUCUGGUUUUUAGUUUCAUCUUUCUACGAACAGAGCAAUUCCGGUCUAGCGCCAACGAUAUACACCGAUGAUGAGGUCUUGCACAUGGUUAAUUACAACCAUCUUUUAAAGCUCCACUCCCUCACGCUUCUGUCGCAAGACAUCCAGCGUAUCUUGAAAUCCCGUUUGAAGAUGGAGUGGCCUCGGGAAACCGCCAUACUCGCACACAUAACCUCUGACGAGGCCAGCCUCCGCACGACAUUGGACGAGCUAAAAGAGCUCGUCUCGUCGAGAGUGCACAACUUGGCCCUAGAUCUUAAAGCGUAUGAUGAGAAAACGGAACCACUGGAGAUUGAGGGUGCAAUGGAUACUGGAUCGCCAGAAGAGCACUUUGUGGAUAGCGAGAGUGUUUUGGUACCCGAAGAGUCGGAACCGCUCACACCUGAGCCGCUAUCGCCGGUGUUGGAGGCCAGUCAGAGCGAUGUGCUUUCCGAGACACACAUGCCGGUGGAAUUUGCCGAGUCCGUGACCAGCCCACUUGCAGAUCCUGAGACAAAAAGGGAGGAAGCGAAGGUAGACGAGGAGGAAGGUGAGGAAGAGGAAGAUGAGAAGGAUGGCGAGGAGGAUAAAGCAAAAGUGGAUGAAGUGGCAGAGGAUGAAGUAGCGGAAGACGAAGAAAUAGGGAGAAAUGAGGAAGGUGAAAUCCAAAAUGAAGCCGAGGCUAUGGAGGACAUAGAAAUCAAGGGUGAAGAGAUCACUGUUCCUGUUAUCAAUGAAACCAUAUCUGAAGCCACAGAAAAUAUUCUAGAUGGGGAAACCCAAGUUGAGGUGAAGGAAGAGGCGAAUAAUACCGAAAAAUCAAAGCCUGUGGGACUCGUUGACGAGCACAAAUCUGAAGCUGAGAUAGAGACUGGUUCCCAGGAAACCAUUCCAAACAGCGUUGAAGACUCCCAGGACGUAAAAGAAGAACUUGAUGACAGAAAAGAAAGGGUCACCUUCGAAGCGGAUACCCCUGAGGAGGCCACUACUGCCUCUCAGUUCAACGCUAGAAAGCGCAAGUCAAUGACUCCGCCGGCGCAAUCGAACAAGCGGUUCCAGUCGAUGGUCAACCAGCUUAUCACAGACAUCUCUGGUAACAAGUACGCCACCAUGUUCCUACAGCCUGUGAGCGAGAACGAUGCGCCGGACUACUACUCGCUUAUUCGCAGUCCCAUUGACUUGAAGAUUUUGAAGCAAAUGGUCAAGAAGCAGGAGAUUACCAACUUUGUGGAGUUCGAGCGGAGUCUAAGGCUCAUGUUUGCAAAUGCAAUCAUGUACAACCAUGAGGACACCGAAACGUAUCUGUGGACUCUCCAGAUGAUCAAAGACGUCGACAUGAUGUUGAACUUGUUCAAGAGCGCACAACGUGAUGGCUAGCGCUGUUAAGGCGACCCAUUCUAUUAAAGAUGUACACGAAUCUAAGGUAAUGCUAAAUGUAAGCAAAAGC